UUCAAUACAAACAAAGCUGAUUGAAAUAUGUGUCAUCGAGGCCAGUUUUCCUCCAGUUCAGCUCCAAACACCCCGUCAGUUCAAUCCAUUUUGGAGCCGCUCUCUUUGCCAGAUUUAAUGGGAAAAUAGGGCCAAAUGUAAAGUGCACGAUGCUGAGAACGUCAUCGCGAAAAACUUCGCUUUUUGCAAAAGUGACAAAGAAUCCGGCUCAACAAAUGUAGAACAUGAAUAGGUAUACCAUUCUACAUCAAUUGGGCGAUGGAACCUAUGGAUCGGUAGUGCUGGGCCAGAGGAAAGACACCGGCGAAAAAGUGGCUAUCAAGAAGAUGAAGAGAAAAUACUAUAGCUGGGAUGAGGCCAUGAAUUUACGAGAAGUCAAAUCCUUAAAAAAAUUACACCAUUCCAAUGUGGUCAAACUGAAAGAAGUGAUCAGAGAAAACGACAUUCUAUACUUUGUGUUUGAAUAUAUGCAAGAAAACCUCUACCAACUGAUCAAAGAUCGACGUGUUCCAUAUCCAGAAGCCACCGUCCGGAACAUGUUGUAUCAGAUUCUGCAAGGGUUGGCCUUCAUCCAUCGGCAUGGCUUUUUCCACAGGGACCUCAAGCCGGAAAACAUCCUGUGUUCCGGCCCGGAUCUGGUAAAAAUUGCAGAUUUUGGCCUGGUUAGGGAAAUACGCUCUCGGCCACCAUACACUGACUAUGUAUCGACCAGAUGGUACAGAGCUCCAGAAGUUCUGCUGCAUUCAACGACAUACAGCAGCCCAAUUGAUAUGUGGGCCGUCGGAUGCAUUGCUGCAGAAAUCUACACCUACAGGCCACUGUUUCCGGGGACAACUGAAACUGAUCAAUUGUACAAGAUUUGCGCCAUUAUGGGAACUCCCGACAAAAAAAAGUGGGCAGAUGGUUACCAGCUAGCUGGUGCAGUCGGAUUCAAGUUUCCCUACUUUUCCAAAACGCCCCUAAGCGAAGUGGUGCCUCAAGCCAGCUCUGUAGCCGUUAGCCUAAUGGAUCAGCUGAUGGAAUGGAACCCGGCCUACAGACCCACCGCUCAAGGAGCUUUAAAGCAUCAAUACUUCCAGGUGGGCCAACAUUACACAGCUUCUGCUCGCCAUUUGACAAUUUCGAACGCCCUACCAGACAACGCUCUGCUAAGAAAUUCGGCCAGAAUGCACCUGCAGCCGCCAGGCCACCCGCAUUCAGGUGCCGAAAGAAACAUGGAAGGAGUACAAAUCCAAGCAAACGGACGCAACAUCCUCAACAACUUGCAGCCUCAAAACCCUGCGAUGCCCCCCAGUGUCCAGAUUAACAUUCAGUCCCUAAUCAAGCCCAUGAAGACCCCAGAAAAAAGUCAAUCUCAUCCGAUAGUCUACUCGUUUGGGCAAGCGGACUUUGGAAAGAAACUCUUUGAUCAUCCAGAGUAUGCCAACAAGUAUUUGCCUUCGGCUCUAUCCGGGGUGGCUCACAACCGCAAGAAAAUAUCCUGGGACUCCGGAGGCAAUUACGAGUACCCUGAGGAUGACUUUGCCGACAUUCUAGGAAGGAAAAUUAAAUUGCCAAAUCAGGAAAAACAGCUGAACAAAGAGUAUCAGCAGCAGAAGCUGAAUUUGAGUCAAUUCAAUUUGGAGGAGCUGCUGGAGCCCUUGGCAAAGGCCAGUGCUGGAACGGCACGGUCGAAAUAUUUGAGCGUUUCCCGUUAUGUAGCAGGACAUCCGGUAUCAGGAACCAGAAGGGAAAUUAACAUGGGCCAGAACUUUCCUCAUAGCGGGGUUUAUCGAAAAAACGCCGGAAUUCUAGAAGGGCUGUACCAAUACCAAGGCAACAUCGAGUGAACUUCUGAGACUCGCCAAUUUAUUUAAAUUAUAAAAAAAUAUUGUUAGCAUUAUUUGGUUGUUUCAAUAUUAUAAUUGCUUACAGUCCUAA